GCUCUGCGGUCGCCAGGCAACCGCCCUGACGCAACGCAAAAGAACGUCCCUUCAAAAAAGAACGGUGCGGAGAAUUCUCAGUGCUCGGGAGCUCGGGAGGCGGGAGCCGAGCUCCGAGGGCGGGCGCGGGCUGACAGCGGGGACCGCGACGCGGACGACUCGACUCGGGCGCAAGAGGUAUGCAGCUAGAAGCAUUGAAUCAUGAGUGGAGGGGCAGCCAUUAGCACACGACACUGAAAGCCAAGCCCUUCUGGGUGAAGGUCCCUGGGAGAACGCAGACCCACUUCCUGCAUUCCCUCCACCCUGCACACAUCCAGCAAGCACAGAGGGCUCUUGGAGGAGGCUGUCCCAAAGAUUCCUGCUGAUGCUUGUCUGAUCCUGCCUUCUGUGAAGCAUGGCCCCCACAGGAUUACGGGACAAAUCAUAGUCCCUGAGCCUCACUGCUGCUCUGGGACUUUUACAGCCUCACUUGGCUCCAAGUGCUGCCAAGCCUCGAGACUCCCAUCCCAACAAUGCCUUCGGGAGCCAUGGCCACGGCUGUAUGAGACCAUUUGCAGAACAGGACUUGACCCUGCUACCCAGCAAGCCUCCUCUCGUGACUUCCCCCUGCCUCCCAUGUCUGGCUACCAGGGCAGACCUAGAGAAUGUCUGUGCCCCGGAUCCAAGUGGAAGAAGUGGGUGAGAAAGACAGGCCAGCAGGGGCAGCCGUCCCUCCCGACGACCACCUCCUCAGCCUGAAGGCCCUCACUGAGAAGCUGAGGCUAGAGACCCGAAGACCCUCCUACCUGGAAUGGCAAGCCAAGCUGGAGGAGCAGACAUGGCCUUUCCCGAGGCAAGCUGCCCAGCAAGAGGCAGGUUUGGAGCAGGGAGCCUGUGGAGGUGGAGAGCCUUUGAUCCCCCUAAGGGAGCCUGGAGAGCUUCUCUCGCCUGCCAGGAGUGCCAGCAGGGGUGACAGUCCACUGACCACGGGCAAGCUGGAAGGCUUCCGGAGUAUCGAUGAAGCUAUAACAUGGCUCAGAAAGGAACUGGCGGAGAUGCGGCUCCAGGACCAGCAGCUGGCCAGGCAGCUCAUGCGCCUCCGCGGAGACAUCAACAAGCUGAAGAUCGAGCAGACCUGCCGCCUGCACAGAAGGAUGCUCAAUGAUGCUGCCUUUGAGCUGGAGGAGCGGGAUGAGCUGUCCGACCUCUUUUGCGACUCCCCUCUGGCAUCCUCUUUCAGCCUUUCCACACCGCUCAAGCUCAUUGGCGUCACCAAAAUGAACAUCAACUCCAGAAGGUUCUCUCUCUGCUGAGAAGCCUUGGGAUAGAAGGGGGACCAGAGCCAAGGGCGAAGUGGGGAGUGGGAACGCUCAGGCCAAGUUAGCCAAAGUAGAUCUCUCCGAGACCGUGCUGGGGAGUGAAAGGCCUCAGGACCUGGUGGGAGUAUGCCAGCGGCUUCAGCUUUGCAUUCCUGGGUCCUUAUAUUCAAUACCCAAAGAGUCUGCAGACACUAUGUAAGACAGGGGUCUGAGCAGGAUCUCGUGGCCUUCCCCUCCUGUGGCCUACUUUCCUGUGUUCUAGAAUCAUUGGUGCUAAGAUGUUGAAUCCCAAAGGGGAGCACCCCACUACACACACACACACACACACACACACACACACACACACACACAAAACUUGUGGGUUUGUUUUUUUUUUUUUUUAACAGAAAGCUCUCCUCAACAGAAGUUGGGAAGAUUAAAUUAUGUAAGGAGCACCAUCUCUCAUGUGCUGUUCCCACCCUCAGAGUCGUAGCUCUAAUUGCCCAGAGGUAGGUGCCUCGGCAACCUAGGCAGGACAAGAAAACCUAAAGGAAUAACAAGGUGGCACAUGGGAAUGCAGGCUUCGCUUUGAUGGCCACCAGCAUCCCUGGGAAGGGGCUCCACCCAGCUUCUC